AUGGUCGGAACCACUAUUGACAACAACCCGUUGGACCCAACAUCUGCCCAGAAGCGUACUUCGAUCGAUGGAAAUGACAAGAAGAAUACACCGAGAACUGGAGUACGCAGGAUGAGCGACCUGGAGACGAUCGUUUACGAGAACCGCGAUGUCGCGCCCUCCUCCCAAGCUAUCUGUGCCGAGCUUGCACACGAGCACGCUAUUGAAGAUCUUCACCAAAUGACUGACCAUAUGUCGGACGAGAAUAACCCAGCAAGAGGUAUGGAAUCUACGUCUCCGAGAUAA